ACUGGCGCGAAAUCUCUUGGAGACCCGACCCUCUCCUUUCCUGGCUACAGUCAUUCGUAUGCACGCGGUGUGUGUGACUGUUUAACAUUUUUGUGGUCUUAGAUACAAUUUCAACAGAAUUUUUCAAUAACUGGUUUAAUAUUUGCACUUUUUAGCAUAGAGAAAACUUCCCUGUUCUGAGGGGAGCUGAACUACUACUGACGUCUUUUUUAUAUGUGUUUACGGGUCUGAACACCUAGUUAUCCCAAGACUGACUUUUUGCAAUCUUUGAACGUUUAAGCAACUUGGUUGUAAGUAAUUAUUAUAUCGGCCCAUUUUCUUCAAUCGGCUUUUUGGACGUUUGGAAUAAAUAUGGACUGUGUUAAAGAAGAACCUCGGAGCAUAUCUCCUCAGUGCCCAAAGCCGAACGAGUCUGAAGAGCCCCAGGGUACUACGGUGGAGAAGACCAUCUCACGGAAUGAUUCUGCUAAUAUGAACGUGAAAGAUGAAGUCGAGGAACUUGUUAUCACAAAGAAAGAAGAAAAAAUGGAAGUUGUGAUUACCAAGGAAAUGGAGGAGGAAGAGAGACAGCUUAUGGAAGAAGGCGAGAGAAAGGAUAAGGAGAUGAUGGAAAAGGCUCAGAAGAACAUGGGGAAAGACACUCAGGAUAUGCGCUUCAGGAGGCUUCAGCAUUUGUUGGAAAAGAGUAACAUCUACUCCAAAUUCCUCCUUACAAAGAUGGAACAACAGCAACAGGAGGAAAAAAUAAGGAGAGAGAGACUGGAAAAGAAGGCCUUGGCUACUGAAGAAAAGCAGGUCAGCAAGAAAAAGAAUGAGAGAGUGGAUAAGAAGAAACGGGAAAGGGAGGAAGAUUACAAAAUUGCAGACAUCAUGUCUAAAGAGGAAAUUAUGUCGAAGGCCAAAAAACAAAGGACUGAGAACCCGGAAGCCAGUACUAGCAAGGGUGUUCUGGAAGACAUUGAGAAGAUGAGCGACUCUAACUCCGCUAUUAAGGGCCGUCUGUCUGAGGCGGUGCGGGACAGCGCUAAGCACAUGCUGGACCCGGUGAGGACCGUGAACGGUCAGCCGGUUCCCGCUCAGCAGCCCAAACUCUUCUCUGGCGGGAUCAUGAGAUGGUACCAGGUGGAGGGCAUGGAAUGGCUGCGGAUGCUGUGGGAGAACGGGAUCAAUGGCAUCCUGGCGGACGAGAUGGGCCUGGGGAAGACCAUCCAGUGCAUCGCCCACGUAGCCAUGAUGCUGGAGAAGAAGGUGGGGGGGCCCUUCCUGGUGGUGGGCCCCUUGUCCACACUGCCCAAUUGGAUCAGUGAAUUCAAGCGCUUUGCUCCACAGAUUUCAGUGCUGCUGUACCACGGGAGCCAGUUAGAGAGGGGAAAGCUGAUCAGGAACAUCCGCAAACCGCAAGGGCCCCUGGGAAUGUGCCCAGUGGUUGUCACCUCCUACGAGAUGGCCAUGAGAGACCGCAAGUAUCUGCAGCAUUUCCACUGGAAGUACCUGAUUGUGGACGAGGGCCACAGGAUAAAGAACCUGAACUGCCGCCUGGUGCGGGAGCUGAAGACCCUGCCCACCGACAACAAGCUGCUGCUGACCGGCACCCCCCUCCAGAACAACCUGUCCGAGCUCUGGUCCCUGCUCAACUUCCUGCUCCCCGACGUCUUCGAUGACCUCAAGAGCUUCGAGUCCUGGUUCGACAUCGGCACCUUCACCUCUGAUGCUGAAAAUAUUGUUGCCAAAGAACGAGAGCAAAACAUCUUGCACAUGCUUCACCAGAUCCUGACCCCCUUUUUGCUGAGGCGACUGAAGACUGACGUCACCUUAGAAGUACCACCAAAGAAAGAGAUUGUGGUCUUCGCCCCCCUCACCCCGAAACAAGAGUCCUUCUACACUGCCGUGGUCAACAAAACCAUUAGCAAGAUGCUGGGCCAGGAGGCACAGGCGGAUGCUCGCCCAGUGGAGUACACGGCCAGCGGGAGGCCGAAGCGCAGGGCCUCCAGGGCGGUGAACUACACCGAGAGCACGGGCGACUCCUAUCGGGACCUGGAGAAGUACCUGGAGAGACUGCAGAAAGAGGCCAAGAAUAAGCCGGAGGAAAGCAGUACCCCUGUUAUCAGUGUGCAGACCAACAUGGAUGCCCAGAUCAACCUGAAGCUGCAGAACAUUCUGAUGCUCCUGAGGAAGUGCUGUAACCACCCCUACCUUAUCGAGUACCCGCUGGACCCCGCCACACAGGACUUCCUGAUUGAUGAGAAGUUAGUUGAGUCAUCCGGAAAAUUCCUGGUGCUGGACCGGAUGCUCCCAGAGCUAAAGAAGAGGGGACACAAGGUGCUGAUUUUCAGCCAGAUGACCUCAGUCUUGGACAUCCUCAUGGACUACUGCUACCUGCGCGGCUACGAGUACAGCCGCCUGGACGGGAGCAUGUCUUACACAGAGAGAGAGGAGAAUAUGCAGCGGUUUAACUCGGACGACAACGUCUUCCUCUUCCUCCUCAGCACCCGAGCUGGGGGGCUGGGCAUCAACCUGACAGCCGCUGACACGGUCAUAAUCUAUGAUAGCGACUGGAACCCUCAAGCAGACCUGCAGGCCCAGGAUAGGUGUCACCGAAUUGGGCAGACCAAGCCUGUGCUGGUGUACCGCCUCAUCACUGCCAACACCAUUGACCAGAAAAUCCUGGACAGGGCUUCUGCCAAGAGGAAGCUGGAGAAGAUGGUCAUCCACAAAAAUAAGUUCAAGGGAGGAAAGGCUGAACUGUUGGAACAGUCUAGGGGCUGCAUGGACCUCUCUGAGCUGAUGGAGCUGCUGAAGACAAGAGAUUAUGAAAAAGUGAAAGGCAGCAGGGGCAAGGUCAUCAGUGACCGGGACCUGGAGUUCCUGCUGGACCGCAGUGACCUGCUGGAUCAAGCCAGAAAGAGCCGGAAGCAGGAGAAGGAUGGGGUCUUCCGGGUGCUGGAGGAAAAACAGUCCACCGAGAUCAGCCUUGGCUGAGGCAGAAGGAAACGGCUCUGUUGAAAAAGCGUGUUUCUACGGUGACAGCCCGACCCUACUGUAUCUCAGAGUGGAUUUGGAAGGCAGAAUUGUGGCUGCCUUCUUCAAAGGCCUGCACAGUUAGGACUAGAGUUCAGUUUUUGAAACUUGGGUUUAAUAAGGAAAAAAUGUAUUCCUCCAUGUGAUAAUUGACCUGAUUUUUAAACGCACAUUAGAGUUUUAGGAUCUUUUUUUCCUGCAGUAGUCAUGCUACACAUGCUGUUUCAGCUACAUGGGGCCUACGCUGUAGGUUUGCAUAGGACGAAAGGUCAAACUGCGUCCUAGUGAUUAGAAUCUGUUCAAGUAGCUAUAUUGGAAACGCCACUUUAUGCAUAUGCAAAACACAGUUGUAUGUAAAUAAUCAAAUGUUGGUUUUAGUUCUCUUUUCCUCAUAGUACUUUUACAUGUUAUGCUUUCACAGCAGUCUUUGGCAGAAAGAUAAGAACAUCUGUCUCCAUGGGCCUUGAUAUGCCUUAGUCCUGUUUUCUUUUUUGUUUUAAAAUAAGGAAGCUACGUGGAAAAGACCCUGAUUUGUGUUUGUUUUCUAUACCUUACUGUUGUCACUUUGAAAAUACUAAUAAAUACGGUAAACGCACAAAA